CACCCAUCUUCUCCCUUCCUCAUUGCCCCCCUCACCGCAGCGAUUUCCGGUGAGCGGGCCACGCUUUUCCCACCAAGCCCAGCCGCUCGUCGACGGCGAGGGCUUCAUCCACCACGGGCGGCAUUAUUAUUGUCCAUUGAGGUUUCCGAUUUUGUAAGAUGGUCAGAGAGGAUUUGAACAAUGGUAUUAAUGAUUUCAUGGAUAUCUCAGGCAUGGGGCAUCGUGGCGUCAAUAAUCCCCCAAACGAGUUUGCCUCAAAGAAUGCUAUCAAUCUCAGUCUUUUUGGCGGUUCGGCAAAUUUCAACAAGUGGAUGGAUGUGAAUGUGAGCCCAUCUUGCUCUCCUCGGACCAGGAGUAAAGUCAAAAAUCUCAUUGGUGAGUUUGCGUCUGGCAUGACCAACAUUCUUGGGAAACUAGUUCAGGGUUGGACAAGCUUGUCUCAGGGUGAAAGUGAUGAGGUUGGCCGGCAUUUCCGUAAUGUUGCUGCAGUUGGUGCGCCAAUAUCGAUUGGUGUCAGUGGUCGAUUCGAGUACGAUAGCUCACGGGAGACUGGCGACACCCAGGAGAAUCUGUUUGAUGGCGACUUUGACUCGGGGCACAAUGAGGAUCAUGAUGAGGCUGCUGAGGCCGGUGCUGACAUAGAUAUAGAUGUGGACAAGCCAAGUGAGGAAGAUGGCUGUGGGCAGGACGGAACUGAAGUAGGCUCCCAUGGGCAAGACACUGGAAUUGACAAGGUAGGAUAGAGGCAUGAGGCAAAGGUCAUUGGUGGUACUGGUGGAAGCCGAGGCGGCGUUGCUGCUCUUCCGAAGAGGGGCAUGGAGGGUGUUGGUGAUGGCGUUGAUGUCGCGCUUAAGAGGGCGAGGGUUGAUCCUAUUGCAGCCAGGAGGAGGCAUUAUAAGAAGACUGCGGGUAGGAAAAAGUGUCCACCCAAAGCCACAACGAUCAAGAUAAAGUCCAGGCCCGCAUCAUCGAUGGAAGUUGCAGCUGUAGCCCCUGUGCCAAAAUCUAAUAUGGGUACCGUCAAUACAGCUAUUGCAAGCAGUUCAGCUACGUCAAUCAGUUUCCUAUCCUCGCUGGCAGAUAUGCUUUCUACAAAUGAAGACAUCCAAGACGCUCCUAGGGAUGAUCUCAUAACACCUAGGACCGAAGAGGUUGUUCCAGCACUAUUCACUUUGAUAACCGGUGUUAGUGGUGUGUUAGACGGAGGCAUUGUCGGAGGUAAGGUCCAACCGAAAGCUGAUAUUAUGGAGAAACAUUCUGCCCAAACUGAUCCUACUGUUGCUGCUGCCCCGGAGUGUGCGUCUUCUUGUCCUGUUCAAUCCCAUGCACACACAGUCGAUUUGCCUGCGACAAAAGGCGAUGUUAGUUCUGAAGCACUUGUCAGAGAUUCCACAAAUAUCUCAGACAUGGUUGUGGUGGAUUCGAUGGUGCGGACGAUUGCCCCUGCUACAACCGAUACUGAUGUGCUCCGUAAGUUGAGUCCCCCGAAGAAGGUUCCGGCAUGGUCAGCUAAGAAGGGUGAUGGAUCGAUGUUCAUUCGUGUGCCUUCUCUGUUUCCAGCAACUGCUUCAAGCAAUACAGUUGAGCCAGUUCAAAGUAAGGAGAUUAGAGACGUUGUGGGGCAGCAUUAUGUCGCGCCCCGUGCAAGCAAGCUACCCAAGCCAAGGACCAUGACGCCGAACAUGAUUAGGGUGUCUUGUGUAGCUUCUAGGGAGCAACUUGCGAGGAGCAAAUUUGUGGAUGAAGUUAUCGAAGUUCCUGACAGCACCCCACCUGCACUUGUCAAGGUGGCCACGUUAGAUUUGACCAAAUCAUACUUUCAGAAGCAAGGGACACCGAGGGAGAGGCGCCGUAUGGAAUUCACCCCACCAUCAUGCAGCCUUGGCAUAGAAAAGGCAAUUGAUGCAACGCGAGUCUCCUUUUCGCACCCUGUGCUCGAAGAACCAAUGCUUGCACAACCAAUUCUUCAAGUGUCGAAAGUUGUCAAGUUCGCCGAGCCUAUAGUGCAAGGAGAUUGUAUAGGCACGUCUGUUGAUAUAUUGCCUUCCUUGGAUGAAGCUUACGCAAAGAUGGAGCAAGAUGCUCCAAAACAUCAGUCCAUCGGGAAACAAGUUGAUUCAAGUUCGGAUCUUUCUACCCAGUCAAGUGCAGACGUUGUCAGAAGUGCUGCUAGAGGGUUUGUUUGACAGGCAAGGGUUGUGCAUCGGCCAAAAUCGGCUGACUGUGAGCCUACAAUUAAGGCUACAAAGGAACAACAUCAUUUGUACGAGCUUUUGAAGCGGUAUGCGGAUGCUAGAUCAAACAACAGAGCUACGAAGAAGAUCAGAGAAAUGAGGAUCAUAAAGUCCAGGGGCAAUCAUGUUCUUCUUGGUGAACUGGUUGAUGCCUUGAAGCCUACACGGAAAAUGAUUGUGCCGCUCACCUUCACUGCCAUUGAGUAUCUAAACAAUCAUGGUGGCCUCCCAAAAGGCAAGGUUAUUAUGUCCCACGGUGUUACCAGGAAAAUCAUGGCAGGUGACUUUCAAAAUAGGGAAAUCAAGAACUGUUUUGCACAUAAGGGUGAAUUCAAUCUAUCACUCAAGGAGUUGAUCAUGUUCCCUCUCUUCCAGGAACUUGCUCCAGAUAACCCAAUUGAUAAAGCUGGCCACUUCUACACUAUUUGCAUCAACAAUGAGAAGCAAAGGAUCAAGGUUCUUGACUCUAUGCGUUUAGAAUCGAGUGGGAGCUUAUAAUCACAUGUGGGGGAGUUCAUAUCUAAGUUGAAGGAAUGUUGGUAUAUCCACUACAAGGAUUCAAAGGCAAAGAUUGAGAAUUAUCAUGUAAAAUAUAUUGAGACUAAGAAGCAAGAGGGCAUCCAUGAGUGCGGUUUCUACAUGCUCGAAUAUUUUGCAAAGUGGCGGGGUCACAUUGUGCCCACCAUUACAAAGGAGAGCAUUGCUGAGCUUAGGAAGGUGCUCGCGUGGGACUGGAUCACAAACACCAAUUUCAAUGAGCUCCAGACUUCAAAGCAAUUCUUUGAGGAUACUUUGAAGGGUACCCUCAAUAAGCACAAGCGAAAGAUUUGAUUAUUGGGAGCUUUUAGUCUUACAUUCUUUUCUACGAGGGAAUGUAAGGUACUGCUCGCUUUUUUCAUUUCUUUUUACUGCGCUUUUAUCGUCAUUGUACCUCCUGCAGUUGAAACAGAGUGUUAUUUUUAUGUGUGCCAGUUUAUUAGCCAUAACUUUGAUUUGUAAUGACUAAUUUAGUGUGUCCUACACAUUUUCUAGAGUGUGGUAGUAAUGGAACAUUAAUGUGUGUUAGUAAUGGUAUAGAUG